UCCACGCGGAUGAGUUUGCCUUCUCUUUCGACCAAUAUUAAAAUUUGUUUGUGCGUUUAAGUUAGAGUUUGUUUUACUUACAUGCUUGUGAAAGUAUUUAUUAAUAACUUAAGAAUAAUCCGUCUAAAUGUUUCGCGUAUGAAAUUUCUUCGAAAUUUUGCAACCAGUUUUUCAUGCUCUAAUCUAGUCAUCAAAGCAGGCCUUAGGUGAGCAUUUCCGGUUAGCUUCCGUCGAGAGCACGUGGUUUCGUACAUAAAAUUUAAUCAAGCUCAAGAUGUCCGUCCCCGCCAACCGGAAGAACGUCCCCGCGGCGCACACCCCCGUCACGACGGGUUUCCGGUGCGAGUUUUGCCACGGCCUUUUCGCCAAGCAGUACCUGCUGAAGAUUCACCAACACAAACUGCACGGAUUGCCGCGGACGGCGGAGGAACCACUUCCGGUGGUCACUCCGCUACCUCUUCCGCCGCUGCCCCUGCCAAGCAUCACGACGCUGGUACUUCCGGCGAUCGACACGGCUGCCAUGGCCGUGGUCAAAGCCCGGGGAGAGAUCCCGUUCGCGGUGCUGCACAUCGCCAACGAGAUUCCGCUGAUUGUCCGCGUGCUGGAGCAGGGACCGGUGAGCGUGCUGAAGGCGGCCGAAAACAGUGACUUCCGAGAGAGCCAGCGGGGCAGUCCGGUCGGAACGAGCGUCCCGAUUGCGGUGGUGGCGUCGAUUUAUCAGAAGUUUACCGAGGACGGGAAGGUUUACUACGUGAUUCGGGGACCGGGUUCGCGCAACCUGCCGACGAUGACGGAACGGGUUGCGGAUCCCCCGGCGAACGCGGAACCGGAAGUGCCGGAAGGUGUGCUGCAGGAGUCGCUCGACGGGGGCGACAUCUACAAGACGCUGACCCAGAUUAACGUCGAGCACAUCGAGCUGUUGCCGCCCAAGGCUUCCCAGCGGGCCACCGCGACCAGGUCCUCCAGUUCUUCCAGCCUCAAGCGGAAGAACCCCAACCGGAACGGACCCAAAGUCUCAGCGAAGAAACUCGUAACGAGCACGCCCAAAAAGCCGAAAGUGAUCACGCUGGUCGACGAUCACAAGUGGCAGCAGAAUCAGAACGUGCCCCCGAACCGGGCCAACUACCAGAACAUCGGAACCGGACCGCUCCUUUCGCCGGUCCGACGACGUGCCGAAGUGCUAGAACAACAACCCACGGAAGAUCCGCUUGCCGAUCUCAACUUUCACGACCUGAUUCAGGUCGACGACGACGGCCUGCUGCCGAAUGUUAUGAACGAUUUUCCCGGAGGAUUCCUGUAGGAACUUACCUCUUUCGAGUAGAGCUCGUCCCUUUCCUGUUGUUAAAUUUCGCCUCGCCCUCAGGGCCACUUUAAUUUUAAACUGUUGAAAUCUCCGCGAUUGUUCGAUACUCGAAUGAUGUGUUCGUUUUCAUCAUGCCAGACACUGCGAAUUACACGUUCGUUCGGUGCAAUAAAAUAAAAAUUCACUGAAA